UUGAAGAAAGAAAAUAAAAAAUCUGUCAGCAAUAGCAUAAUCAAAUGAAAGACAAAACGUAUAGACCAAAUUGGAGGUGGAGAACCAAGAAGUUCGAAUUACUUUCUGUUUUCCUCUUAAGCAUCUUCUUCUUUCUUGCUGGAUUCUCUGGUUCCAGAUUCUUCCAUCACUCUCAGGAAAAUGAAUAUGGCCUGAGAGCGAGAUUGCAUGAGGGAGAGUCUGGUGAUAAUUUCAUUACUUCAAUUCCUUUUCAGAUUUUGAGUUGGAACCCUCGCAUUAUAUAUUUUCCCAAUUUUGCAACUGUGAAACAAUGUGAAAGCAUAAUUGAUAUGGCAAGGGUAGAGCUUACACCAUCAACAGGGGAGAGUAUACGUGAUAUCCGAAGAACAAGUUCUGCCAUGGUUAUUAGUGCUUCUAAGGAUAAAACGGGUGUUUUAGAUAUCAUUGAGGAGAAAAUUGCAAGAGCUACAAAAAUUCCCAAGACUCAUGGAGAGAUGUUUCGUAUCCUUCGAUAUGAGGUUGGACAAAAAUAUGAUUCUCACUAUGACGCAAUCGAUCCAGCUGAAUUCGAUCCAGCUGAACAUGACUAUCAAGAAAGCCAUCGGGUAGCUUCAUUUGUGUUGUAUUUAACGGAUGUCCAAGAAGGUGGGGAGACCAAUUUUCCAUUUGAGAAUGGGUCAAACAUGGACGUUAGCUAUCAUAAUAAGGAUUGUAUUGGUUUGAAAAUCAAACCACGGAAGGGAGAUGGACUUCUAUUUUAUUCGUUUUUCCCUAACGGUACAUUUGAUCGGAUAUCACUUCAUGGGAGUUGCCCCGUAAUUAAAGGGGAGAAGUGGAUAGCUACAAAGGGGAUAAGGAAUCAAUUAUAUUAUGAGAACUCCUGAUUAGAUGGUGGUACCUGCAAUUGGGAUUCAAAGUCUUAUACAAAGAGUAGUAUUUGUUAUUUCUAAAGUCAGAGAAGUAAUCAAUCAGGUAUAAAAUCCGAUUAGAUACUAGAAUUAAAAAGCAAAAUAAUACAUUAUGCAAUUACUUCAUAAUGUGCUGGUAAAUUUAGAAUUUUCUUUUAGAAGUAAAUUCUUUAGUACCAAUCACCUAUAAGGUGGCAAGGGUGUCUUGUUGUUCACUCAUAAAACACAUGCAUUGUAUUGUUGUUAUCUAUUAAAUAUCCUAUAUUAUAAUUA